AUGUUCCUUCCCAGUGUACACGCAGAAUCCGACACGGACGUCCUUCUUAAAUUCAUCCAAGAGAACCCCCUAGGAAUUCUCAUCACAGGCAUCAACUCCUCCUCACAGGACUUCCUACAAUGCACCCAUGUCCCAUUUGUGCUUGACCUCCCCGGCACAGGAGACAACAAAUCAUCCACCCCCCAACUUUGCGCCCACAUCGCGAAGCAGAACCCCCAAGUGAAGGCCAUGCUCGAGGCAGUCGACGGCAAGUCACCAGGUGUUCUAUCCCUUGACGAGGAUGUCCUGGUAAUCUUCAAUGGACAGCACCAUCACUACGUGACUCCCAAAUACUACACGGAGACCAAGCCGGACACCGGCAAAGUCGUACCGACCUGGAACUACUCCGCAGUUCAGAUCUAUGGGAAGUUGUCUCUCUACUACGACUCCAAGACUCCGGAGGCAGGGUCGUUCCUGAUGAAACAGAUGCAUGAUUUGUCGGAGCAAUGUGAGAGAACGAUUAUGGGGUUUACGGGUGGGGAUAGGCCACAGCCGUGGAAGGUUGCUGAUGCGCCGGAGCGGUAUAUUGAGUUGAUGCAGAGGAAUAUCGUGGGGAUCAAGAUUGAGAUUGGCAAGAUUGAGGGCAAGUUUAAGAUGAGUCAGGAGAUGAGACGGGGGGAUCGGGAUGGGGUGGUUAGGGGAUUUGCAAACCUGGGAGGGGAAACUGGAGAGGCUAUCUCAACGUUGAGGAAGCCAAGGUUGGCAGGGAACGAGAGACUUUCUAUCCAAGCUGAGCAAGAUGAGCCCCGGAUAGGGGGCUAUGAUAUAGUUAAAUCAUUGCAAACAACUGAGAGAGAUGUCUUCUACUCUACGUAUUGGGAGGAUUGCUGCUUACCAGCCUUGCACCCAAUGUUCCAUUCUGCCACUCUGUUGACCGCGGGUUAUCCUAUCCUCAACGACGCUAUCCUAGCUCUAUCCUCUUGUAACACCAGCCGUCUCUACAGUGAACGCAAAACAUCUUCAACUGGACUGACGGGACCAUUGAGUCCCAGUCUCACUCAUCAAACAAGAAGUCAUCUGUACUACUCAUCGGCAAUCAGGAAACUGACCACAAUGAAAGUAGCCGACUAUUUCCAUGAUGCCACAGUUGUUUUUAUUGUCCUUGUUCUAUUCGCUCACCUAGAGUCGGCAAUGGGCAAUUUUCAGGGCUUUUAUUGCCAUGUGCAAGGGAUGAUGAAUCUCCUUGUUGGGUGGCGUGGAGGAGCCGGAGACGUGACCAUCAAGCCCCUCCUCACAUCAUGGAUGCAGACUCGGUACGUUGUGUGGUGGGCUCGUGCCUAUUUCAGCUCGCUGGAUAUACAUCAGCAGUUACCGUCGAUUCCCUUGCCCAUCUCACUGAAAGAAGUACCCCGUACAGUCCACGAACGACGUGUCAAGGUACUAAGCAUCAUGUGUGAAUCACAUCGACUGAACUUUAAAGCCGUGCUCCAACAUUUUAGGAAAGUAGCGUCCGAAGAAGAGGUUGAACAUGAAAAUAGCCAGGGCUACGCUGAAUGCGUUUCUCUCCUGUGCCAAGAGGCUACGAAAUUAGACGAGUGGCUGUUGCACCUUCCACCAUCUGAGCAGCCUAUUUACGAACCCAAUGGUACGAGAGGCACGGCAAUCCAUUUCCAAUCUCACGACGCAGCGCUAAACUACGCCUACUACAUAGUAGCGCGUAUAAUGCAGUGUACAAGUCUCUUGCGAGAACUAUACAAUCAAACCACUCCAGGCCACGAAGAUGAAUGCUACAAAGCGGAGCUUUGGGUGCAGACAUUAGUACAGAUUGCGCAAGGUGCAGAGAUGCGGACGUCUCUCACCCGAAACAGUUAUACAAUUGGGUUCUCGGGUUUAUUACUGGCGGGGAUUCUUCGAUGCCAGAGUCUCUCUGUCGGCUUGGAGAUCCAAACCUGGCUACAAACGCUGCAGGAUCUGCAGCCAACAGAAGAAGGAGCUUUCCCGGUUUAUCAGACCUUGAGUGUCGUCAAAGCGAUCAAUCAACAGAGGAUGGUCGGUCGAGAUGUGUUUGCUGUUACGCAGCCGGUGGACGAUGGUGGUGGACACCCGAAGGUCACGGCCUACAACAGCCAAUUCAUCAAUAGUCUCUUGUUUCAUGGCAGAUGCCAAAUUCGCAACUGUCUCUUCGAGGAAUGCAUUACUUUUGGUAUUUAG